AUGGUGUAUAGGCACCUCACAGGAUGGGUGGCAUCAGCUGGAGAGCUGGCAGCGCCGAUCGUUGCUGGGGUGGGACUGGGGGAGGCUUCAGAAGAAGUACUACCGGCUGAACAAGAAGCUACUGGUGAGUGGAGCUUUGUAAAGGGGCGCUAUAGAGUGCUUCACCACUGCUUCACCAUCUCCUUCCCCCUCUCAUCUCCUCCCCCCUCUCAUCUCCUCCCCCCUCUCAUCUCCUCCCCCCUCUCAUCUCCUCCCCCCUCUCAUCUCCCCCCCCCUCUCAUCUCCCCCCCCCUCUCAUCUCCUCCCCCCUCUCAUCUCCUCCCCCCUCUCAUCUCCUCCCCCCUCUCAUCUCCUCCCCCCUCUCAUCUCCUCCCCCCUCUCAUCUCCUCCCCCCUCUCAUCUCCUCCCCCCUCUCAUCUCCUCCCCCCUCUCAUCUCCUCCCCCCUCUCAUCUCCUCCCCCCUCUCAUCUCCUCCCCCCUCUCAUCUCCUCCCCCCUCUCAUCUCCUCCCCCCUCUCAUCUCCUCCCCCCUCUCAUCUCCUCCCCCCUCUCAUCUCCUCCCCCCUCUCAUCUCCUCCCCCCUCUCAUCUCCCCCCCCCUCUCAUCUCCUCCCCCCUCUCAUCUCCUCCCCCCUCUCAUCUCCUCCCCCCUCUCAUCUCCUCCCCCCUCUCAUCUCCUCCCCCCUCUCAUCUCCUCCCCCCUCUCAUCUCCUCCCCCCUCUCAUCUCCUCCCCCCUCUCAUCUCCUCCCCCCUCUCAUCUCCUCCCCCCUCUCAUCUCCUCCCCCCUCUCAUCUCCUCCCCCCUCUCAUCUCCUCUCCCCUCUCAUCUCCUCCCCCCUCUCAUCUCCUCCCCCCUCUCAUCUCCUCCCCCCUCUCAUCUCCUCCCCCCUCUCAUCUCCUCCCCCCUCUCAUCUCCUACCCCCUCUCAUCUCCUCCCCCCUCUCAUCUCCUCCCCCCUCUCAUCUCCUCCCCCCUCUCAUCUCCUCCCCCCUCUCAUCUCCUCCCCCCUCUCAUCUCCUCCCCCCUCUCAUCUCCUCCCCCCUCUCAUCUCCUCCAAUCCCCCACACCUUCCCCCACAACCCCCCCUCGCCCUAACCCCCUUCUCAUCAGGUGCUGCUGAUGGAGUGCUGCUGAUGGAGUGUGACGGCGAGCUCAAGGUGCUGCUGAUGGAGUGUGACGGCGAGCUCAAGGUGCUGCUGAUGGAGUGUGACGGCGAGCUCAAGGUGCGGCUGGCGUCGGACUAUCCGGAACCUCUUGUGCUGCACUGGGGGCUUUCCAAGGGGCGCAGCAGAAGCUGGCAGACUCCUCCGCCCGGCAUUGCCGGAUCAUCCACACGUUUUGAGAGGGCGUGUGAGGCGGAGUUCAGCAAGGGCUUUGCAGGGGAGCCGUCCCUGCAGUCCCUGCAGCUGGACCUGGCAGGCGUGGAGGAAGAGCUCCCAGGGAUGCCGUUUGUGGUGCGGGCGGGGGAGUGCUGGUUCAAGGACUAUGGGCGGGACUUCUUCCUCUCGCUCAAUAGGAUUGACUACCAGCAGCCCAAGGACAUUGGUGAUGGUCGCGGGGUGGCAAGGGCAGUGUUGGACGAGAUUGCAGACCUGGAGCCCGAGGCCGAGAAGUCGCUCAUGCACAGGUUCAAUCUAGGCACGCAGGUGUUGGACAAGGCCAAGUCGCAGGGCGAGCUGGGGCUGGCUGCUGUGUUUGUGUGGUUCCGCUUCAUGGCAUCGCGGCAGCUGGUGUGGAACAAGAACUACAACGUGAAGCCGCGUGAAAUCAGCGUGGCUCAGGAUCGCUUCACAACCGUCUUGGAGGAGGUCUUUCGAUCCUCACCGUCGCUGCGCGAGCUGACGCGCAUGAUCAUGAUGACUGUGGGGCGCGGCGGGCAGGGCGACGUGGGGCAACGGAUCAGGGACGAGAUUCUGGUGAUUCAGAGCAAGAAUGACUGCAAGGGCGGCAUGAUGGAGGAGUGGCAUCAGAAGCUGCACAACAACACGAGCCCUGAUGAUGUGGUCAUCUGCCAGGUUAGUGGCAGGGUGUUUCUGAGAUUUCUCAUUGUGGAGAGCAAGAACCACUGCAAGGGAGGGGUGAUGGAGGAGUGGCAUCAGAAGCUGCACAACAACACCAGCCCUGACAAUGUGGUUAUCUGCCAGGUGAGGAGUUUAGCCCGCCUAAUCGACUACCUAAGUCCCACUCCUCUGCACCUUCCUCUCCCCUCCCCUCGUCCCAUCCUUCAUCCCCUUCCCUCCCACCAGGCCCUGAUCGACUACCUGAACAGCGACUUCAACAUUGACGUCGACUUCAACAUUGACGUGUACUGGCGAACGCUCAACAGCAACGGAGUGACGCACGAGCGCCUGCUCUCCUACGACCGCCCUAUCUGCUCCGAGCCGCGCUUCGUGGCCAGCCAGAAGGAGGGGCUUCUGAGGGAUCUAGGGCAUUACAUGAAAUCUCUCAAGGUACGGACCCCUGCUCCUGCUCCUGCUCUGCUCUCAUACGAAGGCCCCAUCUGCUCCGAGCCUCGCUUUGUGACCAGCCAGAAGGAGGGGCUUCUGAGGGACCUGGCGCACUACAUGAAGUCACUGAAGGCCGUCCAUUCGGGAGCUGAUCUGGAGUCGGCCAUUGCCACGUGCAUGGGGUACAAGCAGGGCGCUAAGGCUGACUUUAUGAAGUCUGUCGAGAUCCAUCCCAUUAACGGACUUUCUGGGAACCUUCCGAAUCUGCUUCAGUUUGUGUUGGAGCAUGUGGAGGAUCGGCAAGUAGUCAACCUGGUGGAGGGUCUGGUGGAGGCGCGGAGGGAGCUCCGGCCGACCCUGCUGAGGCACGGGCAGGAGCGCCUCAAGGACCUAGUGUUCCUCGACCUGGCGCUGGACUCCACUGCCCGCACUGCCAUCGAGAGGGGCAUGGGUGACGCGAAGAAUGCUGGGGAAAUCAUGUAUCUGGUGACACUGCUGGUGGAGAACCUCUGUCUGUCCCUUGACGACAACGAAGAGCUCGUCUUCUGCCUCAAGGAGUGGCGGCGCGUGCUGGAUUCAAUGAAUCACGACGCCCAGUGGGCGCUGCGGACCAAGGCAGUGCUGGACCGCACGCGGCUCAUCUUACAGGGCAAGGCGGAGGAGCAGCUGGCACUGUUCCAACCUGCCGCUGUGCAUCUGGGUUCGAGGGUGGGGGUGGAGCAGUGGGCGAUCGAAAUCUUCACAGAGGAGGUCAUCCGCGCUGGGUCGGCCGCGGCUCUGUCACAACUCUUGAACCGUCUCGAUCCCCAGAUCAGACAGGCUGCUGACCUGGGCAGCUGGCAAGUCAUCAGCCCUGCGGACGUGCGAGGGUGGGUGGAGGUGGUAGAUGAGCUAGCAGAGGUGCAGGAGAAGACGUAUGAUCGACCAACGGUGCUGGUGGCGCGGAGGGUGAGGGGAGAGGAGGAGAUCCCUGCAGGGGUGGUAGCGCUGCUGACGCCUGACAUGCCUGAUGUUCUCUCCCACGUGUCCGUGCGAGCGAGGAACUGCAAGGUGUGCUUUGCCACCUGCUUCGACCCGGCUCUGCUGGACUCCAUCCGAGCGCUGCAGGGGAAGAGCGCCCGCUGUGCCCCCAACACCUCUGGGUCCGAAGUCAUUGUCAGUGAAAUCGACCCAAAGCUGGUGUCAGGGGGGGAUGGGGCCGCAGCGGACCUGGCAGGGCCGCCUCCCGGGCUGCACAUCAAGAGGAAGCAGUUCGCCGGGCGAUAUGCCGUCACUUCCAACGAGUUCACACCUGAACUGGUGGGGGCCAAGUCGCGCAACAUAGCCGGGCUGCACGGCAAGCUGCCCUCGUGGAUCCACCUGCCCACCUCCGUGGCUCUGCCGUUCGGCUCAUUCGAGAGUGCUCUCGCCGACCCCAUCAACCAGAGCGUAGCAGCGGAGAUCAAGACUCUGAGCGCAGACCUGGAGAAGGGCGAUGUGAGCAUGCUGCCCAACAUCCGUCGUGCUGUGCUGGGACUCAAGGCACCGCCACAGCUGGUAUCUGACCUCAAGGAAGCGAUGAAGAGCUCUAACAUGCCAUGGCCGGGGGAUGAGGGCGAGGGGCGGUGGGAGAAGGCGUGGGCGGCAAUCACGAGGGUGUGGGCGUCCAAGUGGAAUGAGCGGGCGUAUAUGAGCAUGCGCAAGGCCCGGCUCGACUUCAACUCACUGUCAAUGGCAGUGCUCGUGCAGGAGAUCGUGCGGGCGGAAUAUGCCUUUGUGGUGCACACGGAGAACCCCUCCACGGGCGAUAAGAAUCAGAUCUACGCGGAGGUGGUCAAGGGGUUGGGGGAGACGCUCGUGGGUGCUUUCGCUGGGCGCGCGCUGAGCUUCAGUGCUGACAAGGGACACACCGACCGGCCCAAGGUCCUUGGCUUCCCCUCCAAGCGAGUGGGCCUCUUCAUCCGCUCGUCCAUCAUCUUCCGAUCUGACUCCAACGGAGAGGACCUCGAGGGAUACGCAGGCGCAGGGCUCUAUGACAGUGUUCCAAUGGACGAGGAAGAGGAGAGGGUGGUAGACUAUUCUUCGGAUGCUCUCGUGGUUGACUCGGCGUUCCAGCACUCCAUCCUCUCUAAGAUCGCAUCCGCCGGCGAGGCUAUAGAGCAGCUGCUGGGCUCGGCUCAGGAUAUCGAGGGCGUGAUCAAGGAUGGGAAGCUGUAUGUGGUGCAAACAAGGCCGCAGAUGUGA